UCGCAGUUGUCUCGGUGUUGCUGCUGGAUAGCUACUGACUACUUGCAUUUCCCUUCUUUUCAUCAUUUCUCCCGUCCUUAACCGCCUCCCUUCUCAUCAUGGCUUCCUGGCUGCAGAUCCCCAAGAACUCGCCAUUCUCGUUGGCGAACAUUCCAUUCGGUAUCAUCACCUCUGCGAAAGCUCCUUCGCGCGUAGCAGCUAUUGCUAUCGGUGACUAUGCGCUGAACCUGAACGCCUUUGCUUCAUCCGGCGGCUUCUCCCAGCUGCCCGCGAUCCAGCCCCAUUUGAACGUGUUCGGCCAACCCACCCUCAAUGCCUUUGCAGCCCUGGGCCGUCCAGUUCACCGUCAAGUCCGCGAAUACAUUCAGUCCGUUUUCCGCGCAGAUACUCCUUUCCCUCAGGUCUUGAAAGACAAUGACUCCCUCCAAAAGUUGGCCCUCCUGCCGCUAUCGGAGGUGACCAACCAUCUUCCCAUGCAAAUCGGAGACUACACAGACUUCUAUGCCGGCCUCAACCACGCCUACAACCUGGGUGUCUUGCUUCGUGGACCAGACAAUGCUCUGCAGCCCAACUAUAAGCACCUGCCAGUCGCAUACCACGGUCGCGCCUCGUCCAUCGUGGUCUCAGGCACCCCCAUUCACCGUCCCAACGGUCAGAUCCUGGCCAACCCUACCGCAACCCCCAAAGUCCCUACCUUCUCUCCUUGCAAGAGACUCGACAUUGAACUAGAGAUGGCUGCUUUUGUCAGCACCCCUAAUGACAUGGGCAAGCCCGUCUCUGUCAACAACGCCGAAGACCACAUCUUCGGCUUGGUGCUCAUGAACGACUGGUCCGCUCGUGACAUCCAGGCCUGGGAAUACGUUCCUCUGGGACCGUUCAACGCCAAGAACUUUGCAACCACCAUCACCCCCUGGGUUGUCCUGAUCGACGCUCUAGAACCCUUCCGGGUCCCCAGCCUGGAGCCCGAAAACCGGGAAAACGUCCUGCCCUACCUGCGCGAGAAGCGCACCGACAACGUCUUCGACAUUCCCCUCGAAUUCGAGAUCACCAACCAAGGCGGCCAGCCUACCACCGUCUCGCGAAGCAACGCCAAGAACCUCUUGUUCUCCUUCCCUCAGAUGCUGGCCCACCACACCAUCACGGGAUGCAACCUCCGGCCCGGUGACUUGCUCGGUAGUGGAACCAUCUCCGGCACGGAGCCCCAGACACAGGGCAGCUUGUUCGAGCAAACCAAGGGCAAGGAGCCUCUCAAGCUGGCCGAUGGCUCGGAGCGGAUAUUCCUCGAAGACGGAGACACCGUCGUCCUCAGAGGCAAGGCGGGCACAGAGGGCAACUACGUCGGAUUUGGCGACUGCAGUGCCACCAUUCUCCCCGCGGUGAAGCUGGAGUUCUAGACUGCAAUUAGCAAUUUCAAGUCCCUUUUCGCACGAUCGCACGUCAUGAAUCCCAUUGCCUAUUAUAUUCCUCGAUAUUGACAUGAUGUGAAUGUGAACCCAACAAUGACAAAGUUACAUUCAAAAGAGAAAAUCCUGGUCCAGACCCUUUCCCCCUAAUAGUCCGCGGAGCCACGGAGCCAAUUCAAACUGUAGACGUAACAUCC